AUGGAUGAUCCUGAUAGUGACGACGAAGAGUGUGAUGAAAAUGAUAGGGGUGAUGGGAAGCCACCAAGUGGUUCACAAAGCAACCACAACUUCAAUGAUGGAACCGAUUUUUACUGUAGGAAAACAUUUGAGAAUAAAGAGUAUUUAAAGGGCCAAAGACAAAGGAAGUUCAGAGGACAGUUUUCAUGGAUUUCCAUUGUAAACCAAGCUAUUGGCAGUGUUGGGAAGGCAGGUGUAAUAACUAAGAACAUGGUUAGGGGGACACUGGAGCACGGGUAUGCUUGGUUACUGGCUUAUUCGUACAUGGUUGAAAAUCUAUAUCCAGGUUCCAGAAUUUGCAUUAGUCUUGAUGAUGCAGACAGGUUCAAAUAUUACUUUGUAGAUUACGGAGCUUGCAUUCGAGGAUACAAACACAUGCGAAAGGUUGUUGCCAUUGACGGCACACAUUUAUACGGCAAGUAUAAGGGUGUGUUGUUGUCCACGAUCGCACAUGAUACCGAGAACCAUAUCUAUCCAAUUGCUUUUUGCGUGGUGGACAAAGAGUGUGAUGAAUCUUGGACCUACUUCUUCGAGCAGCUGAGGUACAUAAUCGCCGAUGAACCAGACUUGUGCAUCAUCUCUGAUAGGCACAAGAGCAUAGCCAACGGUGUUUCCAGAAUUUUUGAGCAUGCUCAUCAUGGACUAUGCAUGAAGCAUCUUGCAAAGGUAUAUGGUUACCAGGAAUUCAAUGAACAUUUUCAGCAAUUAAGGGAUAAAUGCCCCGAAGCUGCUAAUUGCCUCGAGUUUGAUAUUGGAUUUGACAAGUGGAGCAAGGUAUAUUUUCCAGUAAAUAGGUAUGAUGUGCUGACGACAAACAUUGCAGAGUCGCUAAACUCAAUGUUGAGGGAUGAAAGAGAGUACCCUGUGACUGCCUUAUUCACUUCCAUUUCUAGGAGGUUUGAUGAAAUUUUCAGGCAGAGAUGUGCAUAUAUCAGUAGUUCGAUCAAUUUAUUUGUGCCCUCGGCUGAAAAGACGCUAAGGGAAAAGAUGAAUGAGGACGACUCCUUGUUUAUCAAUAAUAUAAAAGGGGAUGCCAACGAGUUCACCGUAUUCGGCAGUGGCCUAACUGCCAAAGUCAAUUCUUGA